AUGGAGGAAUGUUUUGGGUGUGGUUUUAGAUAUCUUGAUAUUAUAAAUCCUAGAUGUUUAUUUGGCAUGCCUGGAAUCACAAAGGGAGAGAAUUUUGAUUACCUGUUCAAGAUAGUUCUGAUAGGAGACUCGGCAGUCGGAAAAACAAACCUUCUGUCGAAGCUAACAAGGAACGAGUUCCACAAGGACUCAAAGGCAACGAUCGGCGUUGAAUUCGGCACGAUCACAUUCAAGAUCGGGGAGGAUGUCGUGAAAGCACAGAUAUGGGAUACGGCAGGCCAGGAAAGAUACCAGGCCAUUGUUCAAGCAUACUACAGAGGGACAUCGGGUGCCGUCAUUGUCUAUGAUAUCACAAACAAAGACAGUCUCAAAAAGGCCACUGGCCUGUGGCUGAAACAACUUAGAGACUUUUCUCCGAGUGAAAUUCCGAUAGUGCUCAUCGGGAACAAGAAAGACUUGGAGGACGAUAGAGCAGUUGAUACACAGAAAGGAAAAGACGAGGCUGUUGCAAACGAGUUGUCAUUCUUCGAGACAUCUGCACUAACGGGAGAAAAUGUCCGGGAGGCAUUUCUUGAGCUUGCCAAGACGAUUCAUAAGAAGGUGAAGGCCCAGAAAGCUUCUGUAGGAAAGAAACGCCUCAAGAGCGUGGAGUUUAGGAGAGAGAGCUUGAAAGAGGUAAAACCUACCCCCAAGAAAGGUUGCUGCUAG